AUGGAGGACGACCUGAAGCCUUACACCAGUUCAGCAGAAGUGCUCCCGCAAUACGUACGACAACGCCGCUCUGUGCCGGAUGUCCCCGAGGAUGUCGAGCUACUUGAUCAUCUCAACGACCCCAACAUCGACCUUGAUGAACUCAAGAAACAACGGGGCUCCCACUUAAGACCCAUUACGCUCCAGUCUGUUGGCCACGAACGCAAGACCGGUUAUGCCUCUUCGGAAACAGACUACGAAACAUCCGACCGAUACUCUUCUCCGUCUCGUGCAGAGUCGCGAAACUCCACUGCAAUUGAGUUUGACGACGAGUCACCAUACCCCGAAGUUCGUGCUGCUGUAUCCAGUAUCGACGACCCCACGAUGCCAGUGAACACCUUCCGCAUGUGGUUCUUGGGAAUCGUUUUGACCAUUAUUCUUGCUGCUGUUAAUCAAAUUUUUGAUCUUCGAGCUCCAUCCGUCUUCAUCACUGGUAUCGUUGGCCAAUUGAUCUCGCUUCCCAUGGGCAAAUUUCUCCAAUGGGUUCUACCUACUCAGCAAUUCAAGACCCUUGGUUACGUCUGGUCAUUCAAUCCUGGUCCAUUCAACAUCAAAGAACAUGUCUGCAUUACCGUUAUGCUCAAUGUUGCCUAUAUUGGUGCAUAUUCGACCGAGGUUCUCGCUACCCAGCAGAAGUUCUUUGGGCAGAAACUGCCUUGGAACUACCAGAUCCUGCUUGUCCUCGGUACCCAGAUGUUCGGCUUUUCACUUGGCGGCAUGUUGCGGCAAUUCGUAGUCUGGCCUUCAUCCAUGAUUUGGCCCAGCGCCCUCGUCAACUCGGCGCUCUUCAACACUCUCCAUAAGCACUACGGCAAACGCGACCGUGGACACAUGCCUCGCGAGCGAUUCUUCUUGAUCGUCUGCGCCGCUAGCUUUGUAUGGUACUGGGUCCCUGGAUUCUUGUUCACGGGAUUGAGCGUUUUCACCUGGAUUUGUUGGAUCGUUCCUACCAAUACCACUGUCAAUGCUCUUUUCGGAGGCAACACUGGGCUCGGCAUGAGCGUGCUGACAUUUGACUGGGCCAUGGUUUCAUUUAUCGGCAGUCCCCUCGUCACACCCUGGUGGUCUGAAGCUAACACCAUUGCAUCUAUCGUCAUCUGCUUCUGGUUCAUACUCCCAAUCCUGUAUUUCAAAAACGUCUUCUUCACUGGCUUCCUUCCCUUGUCCGCCUAUUUCACCUUCGACAAUACCGGAGUCCCAUAUAACAUCUCUGCCGUUCUGAGUCCGGAUGGACAAUUUGACCCUGAACUAUACGCCGCAUACUCGCCGCUCUUCAUGUCUGCUGGACUUGUUAUGGCAUAUUUCGUGUCGUUUGCUGCCUUUGGAGCUAUUUUUACGCACACCUUCCUCUGGUUUGGUCGCGAUAUUGUUCGCCGUUUCCGCACGACUCUCAAAGACGAGCGCGACGUUCAUUCCCGCAUGAUGCAGCGCUACCCCGAAGUCCCAUAUUCAUGGUACCUUUUCGUUGGUGUCAUCUCUGCCAUCUUCACCGUUAUUGCUGUCGAAAUCUUCCCGACAAGACUGCCAAUCUGGGGUGUCGCCCUGGCGCUUACCAUCGCCACCGUUGCCGCGAUUCCAUUAGCCAUGCUCCAGGCUAUUACCAACCAGUCGGUCCAACUCCAGGUUGUUGAGGAGAUGAUUGCGGGCUAUGCGCUUCCUGGUCAACCAGUUGCGAAUAUCAUCUUCAAAGCCAUUGCGUUUGCGGGUACCUCCCAAGGUGUCGCUUUUGCCGGAGACCUCAAGCUUGGGCAUUACAUGAAGAUCCCCCCUCGCAUGAUAUUCACGGUCCAGAUGGUGGCGGGCGUUUUGACGUGUUUCGUCGUGACCGGUGUACAAAGCUGGAUGUUUGCGAAUGUUGAAGGCAUUUGCACGCCCGAUGCGGUCAACAGCUUUGUUUGCCCUUCCACUACCGUCUUCGCACAGGCCGCGAUCAUCUGGGGCGGCAUUGGACCAAGCAGGAUGUUCAACCACGGUCAACUCUACAACCCCCUUCUCUACGGCUUCCUCGUCGGCGCACUCCUCCCAAUCCCUUUCUACUUCCUCGCUCGCCGCUACCCUCUCUCAUACUGGCGCUACGUAAACAUGCCCGUCUUCUUUGGCGGUGUCGGCGCGAUUCCUGCUGCAUCAGCAUACAACUACGCUGCGUGGGGCCUCGUAGGCUUCAUCUUCAACUUUGUAAUACGGCGACGCAACUUCCGCUGGUGGAUGCGCUACAACUACAUUCUUUCUGCAGCACUUGAUGCAGGUGUCGCCCUCUGCCUCAUCAUCAUGUUCUUUGCGGUCCAGUACCCGAAGGGUGGGAUUUCCCUUGACUGGUGGGGAAACAACGUCUGGGUCAACACCAACGACGCGAUGGGCGUCCCGCUUCUCGUCUCGGAGACCGGAACCUUCGGGCCGGCGACAUGGUCGUAA